CAUCAAUUGCCGCAUUGAGCUCAAAUUUCCUUGCUACUAUACCUUGAGCUCUCGUGAUACUUGCCUCGUCUCUCGCCUUCAUCUCUUCUCAAUCUUCUAGUCAUACUCAUCACACAAUGGCCGACACGACCCAGGCUCCUCUGAACGGCACCUACCCUGCGCAACAUGCCUACCCCGACUCUUUUAACCACGCUCACUCCAAUGCGAAUAACGUUGCCAGUUUCCAGCCUGCACAGUCUACUACUCCCUCGAACGCGCCUUCGACUGAGCAAAAGAAUGGCAUCUCUAAGGACGAAGUGGGUUGGUACUUUGUCGAGCAGUAUUAUACCAACAUGAGCCGCAGUCCGGAGAAACUCCAAUUUUUUUACUCUAAACGCUCUCAGUUUGUUUUUGGAACGGAAGCGGAGAGCGUUCCAGUUGCAGUGGGUCAGAAGGCCAUCAACGAAAAGAUCAAGCAACUGGAUUUUCACGACUGCAAAGUUCGCGUUCUCAACGUUGAUUCGCAGGCCUCGUUUGAUAACAUUCUUGUUUCCGUAAUUGGUGAAAUCUCCAACAAAUCGGAGCCUUCUCGCAAGUUCGUGCAGAGUUUCGUCUUGGCUGAGCAGCCCAAUGGUUACUAUGUUCUCAAUGAUAUCUUCCGGUACUUGGUUGAUAUCGAGGAAGAACUAGAGACUGAAGAAACUGCCCCCGCUGCCGCUCCCACCGCGCCAGCUGAAGAGCCUAGUGUUGAUAAGCCCGUCCAACCUGAGGUUAAGGCCGAGGUUGCCCCCGUUACCGAGGAGCCUCAAGUUGAGGAGUCCCCGGUUGAUAACGAGGUUGCUGCUGCUCAAGUUGACGAGAAGCUUGAGCAGACCGAGAAUAUCGUCGAGGAAGUUUCCGGGGAUGACUCGGUUCCCAAGGCUAAUGGUGCCGGGGUCGAGGAGGUCCCAGUCGAGACUGCUUCCGUGGAAGUCGAGCCCGCCGUCGCUGAAGAGCCUAAGAUCGAAGAAUCCGCGACUCCCGAGCCCACCCCUGCCCCUGAGCCGAAGGAAGCUCCUGCACCCGUCAAGGAAAGCGCCCCCCCGACCAAGGCUCUUCCUAAGACUUGGGCCAACAUCGCGUCUAAGUCCGGCGCUAUCGCUACGGUGGUUCCUGCUAUUCCUGUCGCUCCGGUUAAGCCUGCGGCUGCCCCUGCUCCUGCGUCAGCAGCUGCUUCUGCCAGCUCGUCCCAAGCCGCAGCUCCCGCUCCUACACCAGCUCCCGCUGCAGCUGAGCCCGCUCCCAGCCAACCCUCAUCCAGCGAUGGAGCCGGCUGGCAGACCGCUGGUCACGACCACAAGAAGUCCCAGUCUCGCACGACUGAGGAGCAGAACGUUCUUGCCUAUAUCAAGAACGUCACGGAGAAAGUUGACGCUAGCUUGCUCAAGCAGACCCUGUCUCGCUUUGGAAAGCUCAAGCACUUCGACGUGAGCCGUCAGAAGAACUGCGCUUUCGUCGAGUUCGCCGAUGCGAGCGGCUACAAUGCUGCUGUUGCUGCUAAUCCCCAUCAGAUCGGAACCGAGCAGAUUCACGUCGAAGAGCGUCGUGCUCGUACCAACGCUUACGGUAACAAUGGUAACUAUGCUGGCCGCGGCGGCGCUAGCCGUGGUCGUGGAGACCGUGCCGGCAGCCAAGGCCGCGGCGGCUUCCAGCGCGAUGGGCGCGGUGGCUUUGCUCCUCGCGGCCGUGGCGGCAACGCCAAUGCCAAAGGCCGCAACCAGACCCAGGCUGCUUAAAGCUACAGCAACGUUAUAACGAACAAACAACCAAGCACCAAAAAAAUAUUAUUUUCACU